CAUUCAUUUGCACACUUGUUCUCAUUUCUUCUUCAGUUUGAACUAGAGAGAGCAAAUAGAAUCUAAAAAGGAAUAUGGAUGAAUGUCUGCUUACAGGAGAGAGUAGUAAUAGGAGGAGGUUGAGUGGUUCCAAGGUUGAUAGGAGAACUGCUAUUGCUUAUGGAUCUGCUUAUCAAAAAGCUGCUGCUUUGGUUGAUCUUGCUGAAGACGGCGUUGGUCUACCUGAGGAAAUUCUUGAGGGAUCGAGCUUUGAGAAGGCAGCACCUUUGUACUUCAUGUUUAUUCGUUUUGACUUCCUCUGGUCACUUAAUUAUCUCGCACUAGUAGUUCUAAAUUUCCUUGAGAAACCUUUGUGGUGUUCCAAGCAUUUGGCUGAGUCUUGCAAUAACCGAGACUACUACUAUCUAGGAGAGCUGCCAUUUUUGACUGGUGCUGAGUCCCUUAUAUAUGAGGGUGUUACUCUUCUACUUCUUGUAAUACACAUUUUAUUUCCCUUAUCAUAUGAAGGCUGCAAUCUCUACUGGAAAAGUCGUCUCAACAGAUUGAAGGUCAGUUUGCUGUUAAUCUUGGUUGCGGAUAUUGUGGUCUACAUUCUCUUUCUAGCAGACUUCUAUUAUCUACCAUUCCGUAUUGCACCCUAUAUCCGUGUGGUGUUCUUUAUUUUGAACAUUAGGGAAUUACGAGAUAGCUUCUUCAUCCUUGCAGGAAUGCUUGGUACCUACCUUAAUGUUGUGGCUUUAUCUGCUUUAUUUCUUCUGUUCUCGAGCUGGUUAGCAUAUGUCUUCUUUGAAGACACACGGCAGGGGAAAACGACCUUUACUUCGUACGGCACCACGUUGUACCAAAUGCUUGUUUUAUUCACCACUUCAAACAAUCCAGAGGUCUGGGUUCCUGCAUACAAGGACUCGCGUUGGUAUUGCCUGUUUUUUAUUCUGUACGUGCUAUUGGGCGUUUACUUUGUUACCAACUUAGUUCUUGCUGUUGUAUAUGAUAGCUUCAAAAGUGAGCUUGUAAAACAAGUGGCUGAAAAAGAUCGUAUGAAGCGAAGGACUUUGAAGAAAGCAUUUAGCUUGAUUGAUGACAGCAACAAUGGGGUCCUCGACAAGAAGCAGUGUACCCUUCUGUUUGAGGAACUUAACAAAUACAGGUUCCACGUCGCAGUAUACAUUGAUACAUUAUCAUUAAAUGUCUUCAGGACUUUGCCGAAAAUAUCAGGAGAUGAUUUUGAGUCAAUAUUCGCUGAGCUGGAUGAUAGUGGUGACUUUAAGAUAAAUUUGGAAGAAUUUAAUGAUCUGUGCAUUGCAAUUGGACUGAGAUUUCAGAAGGAAGAAUCACGGCCAAUCUUUGAAUAUUGUCCAACUUUCUAUCAUUCAUCAGCAUCAGAGAAGUUGAGAGGCUUUGUCCGUGGCGCUACGUUUGAGUACAUAAUAGUGUUCAUUCUCCUUGUCAAUCUUGUUGCUGUUAUUAUUGAAACUACGCUUGAUAUACAGAACAACUCAGGUCAAACCUUUUGGCAGAAGGUGGAGUUCAUCUUUGGCUGGCUGUAUGUUGUCGAGAUGGCACUAAAAGUGUACACUUACGGUUUUGAGAACUAUUGGAGGGAUGGUCAAAAUCGAUUUGAUUUUGUCAUCACUUUGGUCAUUGUUGUUGGAGAAACAGCGACUUUUGUAACCCCUGAUGGUCUGACUUUCUUGUCCAACGGAGAAUGGAUUCGCUAUCUUCUUAUCGCAAGAAUGUUACGAUUAAUUAGACUCUUGCUCCACGUUGCCCAAUAUCGUGGUUUUGUUGCCACAUUUUUGACCCUCAUACCAAGUCUGAUGCCGUACUUGGGGACCAUAUUCUGCAUCUUGUGCUUUUAUUGCUCUCUUGGUUUACAGAUCUUUGGGGGGAUUGUCAACACUGGAAACCCCAAUUUAGCCCAAACUGAUCUUGCUGAUAAUGACUAUUUGCUUUUUAACUUCAAUGACUAUCCAAAUGGCAUGGUCACACUUUUCAAUAUAUUGGUGAUGGGAGACUGGCAAGUGUGGAUGCAGAGCUACAAGGAACUAACAGGGACUGCCUGGACUUAUGUAUACUUCGUCAGCUUCUAUCUUAUCUCAGUUUUGUGGCUGUUAAAUUUGAUUGUAGCAUUUGUCUUGGAAGCAUUUCAAGCAGAAAUGGAUCUAGAAGCUUCAGCAAGCUCUGCGGAUGGUGAAGACAAGGAUGAAAUAAGGGAGCGGCGGCGUAAUGUUGGUACUAAGACUCGGAGCCAGCGAGUAGAUUUCCUCCUCCAUCACAUGUUGAGUUCUGAACUAACAGAAUGCUCCAAUGACAACAAUCCAUAAGUUUGCUCCUUUCUCCAUGCUGCUUUCUGCAGUCCUGUGAACAUCAGAAGUUGAGUUAUUUUGGUGGUGAAGAGAAAUUGCAAUGUACCUUUCCAACUAAUUAUGUGUAUGUAUUGUGAAUUGUGGCGUGUUGUGUACGUUGGUGGUAUAAAUUCCAUCGAGUCUAAAACAACAUUGUGGCUGUUCCACUCCACUCAUAGAUGUAAUUGCCAAAGUGAUGUUUCAUUUAUGUGCACCUUUCUUGUGGCACAUAUGGAAACCUCACACGCUGUUGUGUUACUUAAUAUUGCACGUUGAUUGCAUGUAGUUUUUCACUCUUGUUUCUCAAACUUUCAAGUUAAAACAUGAUGAAUGAAUGGAAGAAAAAAAAAAUCAUUUACAGUUCAUAGGA